UUUUCAAAUUAUGGAGAGGCCAACAAAUCUGCUUUCGAAAGAAGCGUAAAUAUUUUCUUCUGCACAAGCGGCCUUCCUUAAUGAGAUCUUGGGAAAUGUUUGCUGAUGUCACCAACAGGGAGUAAAAUGUCUGUUGUCUCUGCUUUGUAUUCCAGAGGUUCCCAUCUGGAGCUGCACACGGCCUGCUGAUGAGUUUAAAGGAGCAGCACAAACUUUUGUGACCUUGGAUCGCUUGGAGGCGUUCAUGGAAGCCGUAGAAUUGCCGUGACGCCCGAGAAGCUCGUCCCGUAUGAUGAACACCACCAAGCUACCCUCUGAGCUGCCCGGUGCCAUGCACCUGGAGUCGUACAACGGGAGCCUGGGUGUGCCGCCGUCCCCGAAGUGGGCGUUCAUCCACACGGCCACCCUGGUGUCCUGUUCCCUCAUUCUCAUCCUCAUCUUCUGCCUGGGCUCCUACGGCAACCUCGUCGUGUUCCUCUCCUUCUUCGACCCGGCCUUCCGCAAGUUCCGCACCAACUUUGACUUCAUGAUCCUCAACCUGUCCUUCUGUGACCUCUUCAUCUGUUGCGUGACGACGCCCAUGUUUGCGCUCGUGCUCUUCCUGGACGCCGGAGGCACCAGUGGCAGUCCCGGUGUCUCCAAGGAGUUCUGCUUCACUUUCCACCUAACCAGCUCGGGCUUCGUCAUCAUGUCGCUCAAGACGGUGGCGGUCAUUGCGCUGCACCGGCUCCGCAUGGUCCUUGGCCAGCAGCCGAACCGUACGGCCUCGCUGCCGUGCACCUUGGCCUUGACCGCGCUCCUGUGGGCCGCCAGCUUCACCUUGGCUACGUUGCUCACUCUGCAUGCCCACCCAUGGGGCUCCAGGCCCUGUCUACCCCGCUUCGGCCUGGCCGGUGGUGACGGUAAGGUCACCCUCUGCCUCUACUUGGCCGAUUUUGCCUUCUGCGUGGCCGUGGUAUCGCUAUCCUACGUGAUGAUUGCUCGGGCACUGCGCAGGAACGCGCAGGUGCGGAAGUGUCCGGUGAUCACCGUGGAUGCCACUCGCCCGCCGCCGCUCAUCACCACGGGCUUCGAGGGCAUGCAGUGUACUGUCCCGGUGGCCAUGCCGGCCCUGUACCGCAACCAGGCAUACAACAAGCUGCAGCACGUGCAGACUCAUCCCUACACGCGCAGCAGCGGCCCGGCGCAUGCCCAACCUGGUGGCUCCGGCACCACCUGCUGCCAGCUGGCCUCCUCUGUCAACCUAGCCACGGCUAAGGACUCGCGCGCCGUGGCCACCUGUGUGGUGAUUGUAUUCUCUCUGCUUCUCUGCUGCCUCCCCAUGGCCAUCUCUCUGGCGCGGGAUGUACUGGUGCCCAGCAGCGGUUUUGGCCUCUACCAGUUCCAGCUGUGCGGCUUUGCCCUCGUCUUCCUCAAGUCGGGCAUCAACCCGUUCGUCUACUCGCGCAACAGCGCCGGUCUGCGCCGCCGUGGCCUCUGGUGCCUCCAGUGCGUGGCGCUGGGGUUGCCGUGUCAUGGACGCAAGACCCGCCUGCGCGCCGUCGGCAAGGGUAGCCUGGAGGCAAACCGCAACAAGUCCUCGCACCACGAGACCAACUCGGCCUACGUGCUGUCGCCUAAGCCACAGCGCCGCUUGGUAGACCAGGCCUGUGGGCCGAGCCACACCCGUGACAGCGGCCCCAGCCCUCGGGCCACCGUAGCCCGUCAGACACGGCCGCCGAGCAGCUCCACGCCCAUCAACACCCGAAUCGAGCCGUACUACAGCAUCUACAACAGCAGCCCCUCCGAGGAGCCCAGCUCUCCCAACAGCCUGCUGCCCACCAACUCUGCCUUUGGCUUUGCCAAGUCCUACGUGGCCAUGCACUAUCACACCCACCAGGAGGCGCUGCAGGACUUUGAGAGUACUUCUGUGCGCCAGAUCCCUAUGCCCUCUGUGUGAAGGCCCGGUCAGCCACCUCCAGCUGUGGAUGGGGCACUGGGGCACCAGGGCUCCAACUGUAGAAGAGUUUUCACAGAGGUCAUGUGAUCAUCUGGCUCUAAGCGGAUGGGAACUUUCGAGCAGGAAUGUGGCUGCAUUAACAACUGCGUGUGGGUUUGUCAGUGUUAGAGGACCAAGGGACAGGAACAGAAGCUGGACUGGAAUCUUCUAGAUUGGAAAGUGUUUGCUUUGUUUUUUGCACAAGUUUUCUGACAGAGGUAGGAAGCAAGACAAGUUGUUUUUCUUCAAGUGUAUUUUAUCCUGAUGUAAUAAAGCCUUGAGGCUGAGAAGUAGAAGAGGAAAAGGGCACUCGAGUGCAAAAUCAAAUUCCUUCCAGCGAAAGAGAAGCAACAAUAAGCAAAUGUGGGAGAAAAAGAAAAAAAAAAAAAUCCCAAAGUGUUACUGGUGCAUUGUUAAUAUGCAGAAG